UUAGUUGUGGCAAUACUUCCAGCAAAAAUGGCCAGUGGAAACUUGGUUGUCAUGCCCUCUACAGAAGUGAACAUCCAAACAGCCUCUGGGUUGCCUGGUCCUACUGUUCAGGCAUCUGGAGCAACUCCAUAUCCUCAGCAUGGAGCUCAGCAACUUGGUACUUCCACCAGUGCUCCUCAGCAAGUCCCCAGAAAGAGUUCUUUGGAGAAAUUCCUCAAGGCUGAGACCAAAGUAUUUGGGGCUGUCCAAAUUAUGAUUGGAUUGAUCCACAUUUUCUUUGGGAUUGUCAUAGCUAGUCUUCCUUUUCCUUCCCAUAAUGGCUUGAUUAUCCCUGGAGGUUACCCCUUUUGGGGAGGGAUAUUUUUCAUUUCUUCUGGAUGUAUGUCAGCUGCAAACAGUCAAAAUCGUGACAUGGUGAAAUCAAGUAUAGGAAUGAAUAUCGCAAGUGCUAUCAUGGCAUUAACUAGUAUCCUGAUAUGUAUAGUUGACCUGGCCGUAAGGACGACUCCUUAUUCUGCAAAUUUAUCUGAGGGUUAUGAGAUAAAU